AACACAAAACAGCAAAAAAAAAAAAAAAAAAAAGUAGGGUAAUGGAAGAUUGAAAUGACAGGCCAAAGAUUUCUCCUUUAAGAAAAGCAAAUUCUAACACCAAAAGAACAAACCCUAACCCAAAAAAUUUCACUUUUAUUGUUAUUGAGAUGGAUAAGAAGGAUCUGGAGAGAGAGUUUCACAUGACAGGAGGAGAUGGCAAAACUAGUUAUGCCAGAAACUCUUCCCUCCAGAAGAAAGCUUCUGAUGUGGCAAAGCACAUAACACUAGAGACACUUCAACAACUCUACAAAGAGACAAGACCCAAGAGCUUAGGAAUAGCUGAUCUAGGUUGUUCUUCAGGACCAAACACACUCUCCACCAUUAAAGACUUCAUCAAAACCGUCCAAGUUGCUCACCACCGCGAGAUCCCAAACCAGCCCUUGCCAGAAUUCAGCAUCUUCCUUAACGAUCUCCCUGGAAAUGACUUCAACUCCAUAUUCAAGUCAUUACCAGACUUCCACAUAGAGCUCAAGAGAGACAACAACAAUGGCGAUUCCCCUUCAGUUUUCAUUGCAGCUUACCCUGGAUCAUUCUAUGGAAGACUCUUCCCUGAAAAAACCAUCCACUUUGUCUAUGCCUCUUAUAGCUUACACUGGCUUUCCAAGGUUCCUGCAGCUUUAUAUGACGAGCAAGGCAAGUCCAUAAACAAAGGUUGUGUUAGUAUUUGCUCCUCGAGCUCUGAAGCUGUUUCCGAAGCUUACUACAGUCAAUUCAAGGAAGAUUUCUCCAUUUUCCUCCGGUGUAGAUCAAAAGAGAUGGUUGCUGCAGGAAGAAUGGUGCUCAUAAUACUCGGAAGAGAAGGUCCUGGUCAUGUCGAUAGAGGAAACUCUUUCUUCUGGGAACUUCUCUCAAGAUCCAUAGCAGAUCUUGUUGCACAGGGAGAGACUGAGGAAGAGAAGCUUGAUUCUUACGAUAUGCAUUUUUACGCCCCGAGUGCUGAUGAGAUAGAAGGUGAAGUGAACAAAGAAGGGUCUUUUGACUUAGAGAGGUUAGAGAUGUUAGAAGUGGAGAAAGAUAAAGAGAACGUGAACGAUACCAGUUAUGGUAAGGCCGUUGCGAAGACUGUAAGAGCAGUUCAAGAAUCAAUGCUUGUUCAAUACUUUGGGGAAAAGAUUCUUGACAAGCUGUUUGAUACAUAUAGUAGAAUGGUUGACGAAGAGUUGGCUAAAGAAGACAUAAGACCCAUCACAUUUGUUGUUGUCCUAAGAAAGAAGCUCUGAAACAUUGGAACCUAGCUAUAUAUGUAGCAAAUAUCUGAAUAUGAAAUAUGCAACCUGAUAAGUAGAAGAAAGCGAUUUGGUUCCGAAUUUUGUUUGAUUACUACAAAAAAAAAAAAA